CCGUCUCUGUAGAGAACAGUUCAGGAUACGCGCUAAAGGCAAGCGACGAACUUUGGCACGAGAGAAACUCCGUUAGACCCGAGAGCGCACAGCCAGAUUCAGAGAAGACCCGACUCUAGGAAUCUAUCAAAGGGACAACUUUAUCAUACUUUCCGCAUCAAACUCCCAACAUUUCAUAAAGUUUGUGUGCUUACACAACAUUGUGUGCUGCUGCAAGACAACAAAAUAAUAGCUACAAUAAAACAGCCAACUAUUAUUUCUACCCAGGCACACUUUUCUCUGGAGGGAUUUUACCCAAGAGAAUAAGGAUGAAGCAGAUAUGUGGAUGUUAUGGUUUGAUGUGGCUGGUUUUGGGGGUAGUAGGACAGAAGCUGCCCACGCGAGAUGAAGGCCUCUUCCAGAUGCAGUUUAGGGAUAAAUCUCAGUUUCACGACUCCUCUGUCCUGCCCGAUGGAGCCGAGAUCAGUGGAUAUCUGUUCAGGGACACACCCAAAAGGUAUUAUUUUGUGGUGGAGGAAGACAACACCCCUCUGUUAGUGACAGUGACGCCUUGCGAUGCUCCCCUCGAGUGGAGACUGACGUUGCAAGAGCUCCCAGAGGAGCACAGUGGAGAAGGAUCAGGUGAGCCAGAACCUCUGGAGCAGCAAAAACAGCAAGUCACAGUCAGUGAGGGUAACGAACUCUUCACCUACAAAGGAAAUGACGUUGAGUCAUUCAUCGCCACCAGCUCUCCUUCAGGCUUGUACCAGCUAGAUAUCCUCUCAACCGAAAAGGACAGCAACUUCAAGAUCUAUGCUACCACAACUCCAGAGUCCGACCAGCCCUACCCAGACCUGCCUUAUGACCCCAGAGUUGAUGUUACUGCACUGGGUCAUACUACAGUCACGCUAGCUUGGAAGCCCACUCCUACAGGCUCUAUAAUGGGCCAACCGAUCCAUUACUGUGUGGUAAUUAACAAGGAGCACAAUUUCAAGAGUUUGUGUGCAGCGGAAGCCAAAAUAAGUUUGGAUGAUGGCUUCAUGACUGUUCCAAAACCAGGCCGGGACUUCAGCCCAUUUGACUUUGCUAUUUUUGGUUUUCUCCCAUCUGAUAAUGAUUUUAGUAAGGAUCGCUCCCUUACCACCAAUCGAGCUCAGAGCAAUAAGAUGAGUCGCACAUAUGUACCUAAGCCCAAGGUUUUAGACAUUCAGAAGAUCUGCAUGGGCAACAAGAACAUUUUUACAGUGUCAGACCUAAAGCCUGACACGCAACACUACUUUGAUGUGUUUGCCGUGAACACUGGCACCAAUUUGAGUACUGCGUAUGUGGGUACCUUUGCCCGCACCAAGGCAGAAGCCAAGCAAAAGACUGUGGAACUCAAGGAUGGGAAAGUAUCCAACAUAUUCAUCAAGAGAAAGUCUAGCAAAUUCCUUCAUUUUGCACCAGUGUCCUCUCAUAAGCACGUCACGCUCUAUGUCCACACCUGUUUGGAUGCAGUGCAAGUUCAGGUGCACCGUGAUGGGAAGCUUGUUCUUUCUCAGAAUGUUGAGGGUGUUCGUCAGUUCCAACUCCGUGGCAAGCCCAAAGCCAAGUACCUGAUUCGUCUACGAGGGUCACGUAAGGGCGCUUCCACUUUGAAAGUGCUAGCCAGCACCCGUGCUGGAGGAAAGCAACCUUUCCCCGCAUUACCCGAGGAUACCCGCAUCAAGGCUUUCGAUAAGUUGCGUACCUGUUCCUCCAUCACCGUGGCUUGGCUUGGCACUCAGGAGCGCAACAAGUACUGCAUUUACCGACGCGAGGUCUCUGAAAGUUACGGCGAAGUGCAUCGACGGCGUGAGCAGAACCAGUGCACUGGACCAGAGAGCCGUCGCAAGUCCGAGAAGGUGCUUUGCAAGUACUUCUACAGCGCCAACCUGCAAAAGGCCGUCACCACAGAGACCAUAACUGGCCUCGAAGCAGGAAAGAGCUACCUCCUGGAUGUUUAUGUGGUGGGACUCAGCGGCCACUCAGUCAAAUACCAGAGUAAACUGGUGAAAACAAAGAAGUACUGUUAAAAAACAGAGAGACUCUUAAGCAUAGACUCUGUACAUAAGUAAAUAUAUUAUAUAUAUAAUGAGAAAAAAAUAUGUUUAUUUAACUCGAAGUGAUAUUCUACUAAGGAGAGUUUUGCAGACUGACUACUUGCACACAAUGCUAAUGCUAACUACGCAUGUGUUGCAGUUUCCAAACUGCCUGUAGAGUUUGAUAUCAACCUCUGUAUUUAUGUUUACAUUACCGAGUCGAAGUCUGAUGCUCUCAGAUGACCUUAGGCACCUGAAGGGUUUUUCUCAGGGGGUGCCAUCGCUGUUGCCAUGGAAAUUGGAGUUUUGAGGAGCCACAGUUCUCUUUUGGCUACUGCAUGCACCAUUUGUCUGCCGUAUGUCUAUGUUCUUUCUGUUUGUUUUAGUUUUUAAACCAGCUAUCGCAGAGGUAGAUCCAUGAUUCCUUCUCUCCGCUCACCUGCCCUGUAUUCAAAAUAUGGUUUAGAUAAUUGUUUUUAUUAUUUCAUACUUUUAUUUUUUUUAGAUAUUAUUUUGGGUUAUUGACAAUAAUUAUUAGUGAUAAAAAGUUUUUUAAAUCUAUAUGAAAGUCGACGUUGUUGAAACGUUUUCCCACUGUCAGUUUCUGUGUAUAACGUAUAGUGUGUAAAUGUGUUUCUUCGUCUCAUGUACAGAUUUUUCUCAUUCAAUAUUCAUGUACAUAAUACACUAAAUAUAGACAUCUGUAAUCCCAGUGGUGCUGUGUUUUUCUGCCAAAAUGAUGUGCAAGUUGGACACUGAAUGUGUGUGUUUUUGUGAUGUAGUAAAGAAAAGAUAUUUAGCGCAUCAGAGUCAUAGCCUUGGGGUUGGUUUACUGCUCUGACACAUUGACCUGUGGUGUUCAUAAGAGUUUGAGUCUGGCUUGCUACAUUUGCCAAUCAUAUCCCUGCCUUCUCUACCCAUUAUUUCCUGUCAUAUUUACACUAUUACUAUUAAAGGGUCAUGAAAUCCACCUAUUUCAGCACUGGUCCUUCACACCUCAGCUUUGAAAAAAAGUCUUAAAAAAUGGCUGUGGAAAGGUGGGGGGAAUUUCAUCGUAGAGUUAUCUAAGGCUGUUCAGUCUCAUAAAUAAUGUUAUCCAUGAGAC